UCUUAUGUCUCUCCCAGAUAUCGAAGACUAGCAGCUUCGUUGCGCAAAUCGGUGAAGAGAGAGAUAGAGAGAAGAUGUCUUCGUUUCUAAAAACCUUCCUCGACCCAAAGAAGAACUUCCUCGCUCGUAUGCACAUGAAAGCCGUCUCCACUCGCCUCCGUAGAUACGGUCUGAGGUACGACGACACGUACGAUCAGUAUUACCACAUGGACAUCAAAGAGGCCCUGAACAGAUUGCCCAGGGAGGUCGUCGACGCUCGUAACCAGCGUCUCAAGCGUGCCAUGGAUCUCUCCAUGAAGCACGAGUAUCUUUCCGAGGAACUUCAGGCGUUGCAGACUCCAUUCCGUAGCUACCUUCAGGAGAUGCUGGCUCUCGUUGAGAGAGAAAGAAAGGAACGUGAAGCCUUGGGAGCUUUACCACUCUACCAGCGCACUCUUCCUUGAGCAUAUUUUCCCACCCUUUUCUUAUGAUGAUGAUCAACUCUUCUUCUCUGCAUAAAACUCAUCUCCAAAUGGAUGACAUUUAUAUUUUCGAAAUCAUAUUCUGAACCUGAGCUAUUUACUCUCUUAAAAUGCAUAAGUCUUGUAAUAGUUUCUCUAAACCUGGGAUAUAUUACUCGUCUGUUGUUACAUUUUCAUGUUUGCUGGUUUGAAUAAAAUCGAAACACAAGUCUGGUUUUCA